AUGACAAUCGAACGUUCUGGUCCAAAACUUCAAAAUCGCGAGCUGUUUGGCCGCCAACUCGUUUGUUCACAAAGUGUAUUUGAUGAGCUUUGGGAAAUACUGGAACCACAUCUGCUUCCAAAGCGGAAUACUAGACCGAAGGAUUUCAUUCCUACUAAAGCUAAGUUAGCAAUUGUACUAGAGUACCUGGCUUCUGGAGAUAUACAACGCCAUAUUGCCUCCUGCUAUCGUAUUAGCAAGCAGCACUUUGGUAGAAUCGUGUCCGAUGUGUGCAAGGGAAUAUGCAGCGUAUUGAAAAAUGAAAUUCCAGAUUGGACAGAACAUUCGUUGUUGGAGAUAUCGAAUUGCUUUCGAACACAAUGGAAUUUUCUGAACUGCGUCGGGGCUAUCGAUGGCAAACACAUAGCUAUCAAAGCCCCACCAAAAUCUGGAAGCAUAUUUUAUAAUUACAAAGGAUUCCAUUCUAUUGUGUUGAUGGCCACAUGUGAUGCCAAUUAUAAAUUCACAUACGUGGAUGUUGGUGCUUACGGAAGCGAAGGGGACUCCAAUAUUAUGAAGAAUUCGAGAUUUGGUAUCAGCAUUCUUAAUGACAGCUGCCAAUUUCCGGCCGACGGCUUUAUUGAUGGCAAAAAAAUACCAUACUUCAUUGUAGGAGACGACGCAUUUCCACUGUGUAAACGUAUUAUAAAGCCUUACAACAGCAAAAACCUUUCCAAAGAGGAACAAAUUUUCAAUUACCGUUUAAGUAGAGCAAGACGGUGUAUUGAAAACGCGUUUGUUUCAGCAUGUUGCCUGCUUCAAAACUUCCUCAUCAAUAAAUGUGGACAAACUUACAUAUAA